CCGCUGACCCAAGCUCCAAGUCGGAGCUGUCCGAGUCUCCUCUUGCCAUCUGUGGCCUCUCCUCCAAACAAGCUCGGCGCCGGAUGACACUCAUGUGAUUUAAAAAAAACAAAAAAAAAAAAAACAGGCAAACAUAUAUUUAUAUAUAUAUUGACUUCUCAUCAGCGCAUUUGUGAGGACGGGAGCGUCACCCGCGGAGUGAUGUCGGCUCCCGUGAACGGCUACUUCGGCUACGGUCAAACCCCGACGCCGAACGGUGGAGCCGCUGCCCCCCGACAGAAUGGUCCAGUUCAGACAUAUACCGCCGCGUACCCCGCCAUGAGUUACUAUGGGCCCCCGCCUCAGCAACGGAACUACCACACCAUCCCGUCACACUGCACGGGCACAUCGGGCAAACCCCCCGUCGCAAACAGCGGCCGCCGUGCAAAUGACUACUACCAGAAUCACUGUCACGUAGCAGCCCCAAGCUCAGCGCCCCUUUCCCACCAAUACGCUUCUGCCAUUCCUUCCUCAGCGCCUCCGCCAAGCGGCCAUUACAGCCAAUUCCAGCAGCAACAUCCUCCCUACGCUACUCCUGCAGCUUAUUAUGGACAGAUGUCAUACCACUCACCCCCAGCUCACUCCCAGGAGCAGCAGCAGCAGCAGCAGCAGCCCACUUUGUUGCCUCCACCACCUGGUGGUCUCGGGUCCCCCCUCUAUCCCGUUGUUUCCUACCCAUCUUCGCCAGGGACGAGCCAGUACGGCACGCUCGUCUCCAACCAGACGGCCGCCCCGGUCAGAACGACACGGUACGGCAACCUUCAGCCAGGCUCUACAACAGCAGUAGCAGGAGCAGCAGUGCACCCCGGGUACAAUGUGGCCCCUUCUGCUCAGAUGGCAUCAGCCGUCAACGGUCAAGGAAGCACAAUUGCAAAGACAGCCCACCGAACCUGCAACCAUCAGCCCUCUCUAAACUACGACUCCUACGGCGGCAGCGUGAAUGGAGACCGAGCGCCCUCAGGAACUCCCACAUCAGUGCCUUCCUCACCAGCGGGCACGCAGUAUGGCUACAUUGCUAAUAGCGGCACGAGCUCGGCCUCCGGUCCGACCGCAGCUCCCUCGUCGUCUAGCUCGGAGGAUGAUGAGGACGAUGAUGAGGAGGAAGAAGAUGAGGAAGCAGGCGAUGACACGUCAUCUUCCACCACUGGGAGUGCGUCGCCGGUGCCCAAUAGCUAUGAUUCCUUGGAAGAAGGCAAUUAUCCAGAUUCCAUGCCACCUUCAGCAAAUUCGACCAAUCAAGCAUCGCCCAGGAGUAGCUAUGGUUACAGCGCCAUGCAACCGGCCUAUGGAGUAGGACCAACUUCUCUCAUGGACUCGCAGGCUUCUCGAGACCCGCUUGGACCGUCAGGCUACCAGCAGUAUCCACAGGCCUUCCCGAGCUUGUCUCAGCUGUCUGCGGCACUGGGGGGGCUCAGCGGGGUCCCGGAGCUUGAGGUGGAAGCUCUCAGGCCUGUCAACUUGCUGCAGGAGAGGAUCCUGCUCCCCCCAAGACCCCUGCAGGCCCCUGAACCCAACCUGAGCUCAGAGCUGAAGAAGGUCAACUGCAGCCCUCAGACAUUCCGGUGUACGCUGACAAGCAUCCCUCAAACACAGGCUCUGCUCAACAAGGCCAGACUGCCCCUUGGCCUCCUCCUUCACCCCUUCAGAGACUUACAGCAACUCCCAGUUAUCACGUCCAACACCAUAGUCCGCUGUCGCUACUGUCGCACCUACAUCAACCCUUUUGUUACCUUCCUGGACCAGCGACGAUGGAAGUGUAACCUCUGCUAUCGGCUCAACGAUGUACCAGACGAGUUCAUGUACAACCCGGUCACGCGGUCAUACGGCGAACCUCACAAGCGGCCGGAGGUCCAAAACGCCACUGUAGAGUUCAUCGCCUCUUCGGAUUACAUGCUGCGGCCCCCUCAACCGGCGGUGUACCUCUUCAUGCUGGAUGUUUCCCACAACGCCGUCGAAAGCGGGUACCUGAAAUAUUUCUGCGAGUCUCUCCUGGACAACCUGGAUAAGUUACCUGGAGACUCGCGCACCAAGGUGGGAUUCCUCACGUUUGACAGCAACAUCCACUUCUACAACCUCCAGGAGGGACUCUCCCAGCCACAGAUGUUGGUGGUGACUGAUAUCGAUGAUGUUUUCAUACCAUCGCAUGACAGUCUAAUGGUGAACUGGAAGGAGAGCAAAGAGUUGAUCAAAGACCUGCUGACCUCCCUCCCCGCCAUGUUCAGCGAGAGCAGGGAAACGCAGAGCGCGCUGGGCCCCGCCCUGCAGGCCGCCUUCAAGCUCAUGUCGCCCACCGGCGGGCGCGUCAGCGUGUUCCAGACGCAGUUGCCCACGCUUGGCGCCGGUUUACUGCAGUCCAGGGAGGACCCCAGCCAGCGUGCCAGUGCCAAGGGAGUGCAGCAUCUUGGCCCCGCCACAGACUUCUAUAAGAAAUUUGCACUGGAUUGCUCAGGACAACAGAUCGGUGUUGAUCUUUUUCUGCUCAGUUCCCAGUACGCUGACCUUGCCUCGCUGGCAUGUAUAGCCAAGUACUCUGCAGGCAACAUCUUCUACUAUCCCUCCUUUCAUCACAUCCACAACCCAGCCCAGUUGGAGAAGUUCCAGAAGGAUCUUGAACGCUACCUCAGCAGAAAGAUGGGCUUCGAGGCAGUCAUGAGAAUACGUUGCACUAAAGGUUUAUCCAUCCACACGUUCCACGGCAACUUCUUUGUGCGCUCCACCGACCUGCUGUCCCUCGCUAACGUAAACCCGGACUCUGCUUUCGCCGUCCAGCUGUCGAUCGACGACUCGCUCGUCGAUUCUUCUCUGGCCUGCUUCCAAGCAGCUCUGCUCUACACUUCAAGUAAAGGGAAGCGUCGUAUCCGCGUCCACACGCUUUGUCUGCCUGUAGUCAACCAGCUGAGCGACGUGUACGCCGGUGCCGACGUCCAGGCCAUUACAUGCCUGCUGGCCAACAUGGCGAUUGACCGCUCCGUAUCGUCCAGCCUGCCGGAUGCCCGGGACGCUCUGAUGAACGCAGCGGUGGACUUUGUGAGCGCCUACAAGAGCAACGUGUCCAACCUGCAGCAUUCCGGCCUCGUGGUGCCAGCGGGCAUGCGGCUUCUACCACUUUACAUCCUCUCUCUGCUUAAACAGAAAGCGUUCCGUACAGGAACGAGCACACGCCUGGACGAGCGCGUCUUUGCCAUGUGCGAGUUCAAGACGCAGCCGCUCCAGCAGCUCAUGCGGAUGGUUCACCCUGACUUGUAUCGCUUGGACAACAUGUCUGACCAGGGGGCGCUCCACCUCAACGACAGGCUUGUCCCGCAGCCUCCACUCCUCCACUUGACUGCGGAGAGGCUGAGCCGAGAUGGAGCUUUCCUCAUGGACUGCGGCAGCGUAUUUUACCUGUGGAUUGGCAAAUGCUGCAACGAGACGUUCAUCCGAGACCUUUUGGACUACCCCAACUACGCUUCAAUUCCCCCCAACAUGGGUUGCAUUCCCGAGCUGCAGACGCUGCUGUCGGAGAGGGUGCGAGCGUUCCUAGACUGGUUGCAGGACAACAGAGCCUUCAGCUGCAUCUUGCACGUCAUCAAGGACGACGCCUCGGCCAAAGCGACCUUCUUCCGGCACCUGGUGGAGGAUCGCUGCGAGUCGGGCUCCUCCUACUGUGAGUUCCUGCAGGACAUCCAGCAGCAGGUAUCCUAGUCGCGGGCACAUGAUUGUAGUGGAACACUGGUGCAGUUGGACCGGACAGGGGACGCGGGGGGCGAGGGCAAGACCAGAAACCACACAGGAACCUCUCCCGCUGCCCUGUAACUUCUCCUUGAAAUGGGACAAGAAUGGAAAACGGAGCCAAGAAGAUGCCACUUUGUCGUAGCGCUGUACUAUUGUUUUGUUUUUGCGUUGUUUUUUUGUUUUGUUGUUUUUUUUUUUAAAGAUUUUACUGACUACUGAAAACGAUGAUGGGAAGCAUUUCACUGGCAUGCGCUCUGGAAUAUCUUCCUAUCGGGAGGAACUGAUAGCAUUUGGGUGUUGGAUACCUUCAUUGACCAAUUGUGGAGAGAGGAAGAAAAAAAGACCUCCUUGUCAACAACUUUUUUCCCCCCAAUACCAGUCACUAAAUGUAACUAUCUUCUUUGUAACUACUGAGAAAAAAUCUUUUACAGAUGAUAAUUUAUGAAUCUGCUCAUUAAAUAAAAAAAUGACAAACCCAAC